AACAUAUAGGUGUAUUCCGUGGGGGAUUGUAGUUCUGUGCUUAGAUCACGGGGUUUUCUUGUUUAUGUUAGCAAAGGAGAUAGAUCCCUUCAGUAGUUUGAUUGCUCGGAAUGGAAAGGGAACAGCCAACACGGAUCAAGCCAAGCAUGAGCACCAAAACCUCUACAGCAGCCCGUCGGAAAGGCAGAGAGCCCUUAGAGGAGGCCACCAGUGACAUGGAAGUGGAAAACGAAGGUGACAAACAGCCUGGCAAAGCACCUCCACAUGCAGACCCAAGUGAGGUGGUUGAUAAUCGAAGUUUAGAAGAGAUUUUGGGUAGCAUCCCUCCUCCCCCACCUCCACCAAUGACCAAUGAAGCUGGUGCUCCUCGUCUCAUGAUAAGUCAUAUUGUAAACCAGAACUUCAAAUCCUAUGGAGGGGAGCAAACUUUGGGACCUUUUCAUAAGCGUUUUUCAUGUAUUAUCGGGCCAAAUGGCAGUGGAAAAUCCAAUGUCAUUGAUGCGAUGCUUUUUGUGUUUGGAUAUCGAGCACAAAAAAUCAGAUCCAAAAACCUCUCUGUGCUGAUCCAUAGUUCUGAGAAAUAUACGGACAUCCAGAGCUGUUCUGUGGAAAUCCACUUUCAAAAGAUCAUUGACAAGGAAGGAGAGGAUUACGAAGUCGUUCCUGACAGCAAUUUUUGUGUAUCUAGAACUGCUUAUAGAGAUAAUUCUUCUGUCUACCAAAUUGAUGGGAAGAAAACGACAUUCAAAGAUGUUGGUAUUCUUCUUCGAAGCCAUGGAAUUGAUCUGGACCAUAACAGGUUCUUAAUUUUACAGGGGGAAGUUGAACAAAUCGCGAUGAUGAAGCCGAAAGGCCAGACUGAACACGACGAAGGCAUGCUUGAGUAUUUAGAGGAUUUAAUAGGAUCUGCACGACUGAAAGAUCCUAUCCAAACUCUGUGCCGCAGAGUAGACAUUUUAAAUGAACAGAGAGGAGAAAAGUUAAACAGAGUUAAGAUGGUGGAGAAAGAAAAGGAUGCCUUGGAAGUGGAGAAGAAUAAAGCCAUUGAAUUUCUGUGUUUGGAAAACAAAAUCUGUAAAGAAAAGAAUCGUAUCUGUCAGUACUAUAUCUAUGACAUGAAGAAACAAAUAAAUGAUAUAGAAAUGCAGAAGGAGAAAAUUAACGAGCAAAGAAAUGAAGUUAACGAGAAGAGUACUACACUUGCAGAGAAAAUGAAAACCAAGAGUAAAGCUUUGGAAAAACUCGAGAAAAAAAUGGAUAAAAUUACAACAUUCAUAGAGGAAAAGAAAGAAAAAUUUACUCAGUUGGAUUUGCAGGAUGUGAAACUGAGGGAAAACCUGAAACAUGCCAAAAGCCAGGCUAAAAAACUGGAGAAGCAACUUCAAAAGGACAAAGAAAAGGUAGAAGAACUGAAGAAAGUGCCUACCAGCAGUGAGAAAACGAUUGCCGAAGCAACAUCUAAGAAAUCGCUGCUUGAGAAGACAAAAGAGGAAGAAGAAAAAAAACUCAAGCAGGUUAUGGAUAGCCUUAAGGAAGAAACACAAGAGCUUCUGGAAGAAAAAGAGAGCAAAGAGAAGGAGCUUAUGGAGUUCAGUAAGGUGGUGAAUGAAGCCCGUUCCAAGAUGGAUGUAACCCAGUCAGAGCUCGAUAUCUAUCUCAGCCGUCACAACACUGCUGUGUCGCAGUUAAAUCGGGCAAAGGAGGACCUGACGCAUACUUCGGACAUCCUGAAGGAAAGGAAGGCUGUUAUCAAAGACCUAGAUAUCAAAUUACCCCAAACUGAACAAGAGCUAAAGGAGAAAGAGAAGGAGCUGGAGAGGCUGGAAAGAGAAGAAUCCGACGUUAAGGACGUUGUUCGAAAUCUGCGUCAAAAAGUUGAAGAAGCCAAGAGUUCUUUAGCACAAAGUCGCAACCGGGGAAAAGUGCUUGAGGCUCUGCUUCAGCAGAAGAGAUGUGGAAAUAUUCAUGGAAUAUAUGGAAGACUGGGAGACUUGGGAAGCAUCAGCGAGAAGUACGACAUUGCUAUUUCGUCCUCCUGCGCUGCCUUGGACCACAUCGUGGUGGACACAAUGGACACUGCACAGACGUGUGUGAAUUUCCUGAAGGCCACUGGCAUCGGGUCUGCCACGUUCCUGGCCCUGGACAAAAUGGCUGUAUGGGAAAAAAAAACCCAAAAAGUCACCACUCCUGAAAAUGCUCCUCGGCUGUUUGAUCUGGUGAAAGUAGAGGACAAGAAGUUCCUCCUGGCUUUUUACUUUGCAUUACGUGAUACCCUCGUCGUUAAUAACCUGGAAGAAGCUAUCAGAAUAGCGUUCCAGAAGGAUAAAAGAUGGAGGGUGGUAACGCUGCAAGGACAGAUCAUCGAACAGUCGGGAACAAUGACAGGUGGUGGGAAUAAAGUAAUAAAGGGCAGGAUGGGCUCCUCGAUCACAACGGACGUUUCGGAAAAAGAGGUCACUGAAAUGGAAGUGCAACUGCAGAAGGAUGCUAAGAGGGUGGUACAGUGUGGAGAAGAGAAAUUACAGCUUGAAGAAACCAUCAGAAAACUGCACCGAGAGGUUCGGGAGAGGAGGAAUACUUUACAGAAGUAUACGGCCAGUAUCCAGAGUUUAUCUGAACAAGAAGUUAAUCUAAAGACCCAAGUUGAGGAAUUUGAAGCAAAGGUAAUUGCUGUUGCUCCAGACAAAAAUAAACAGAAGGAAUUGGAGAAACUCCUUGAUAGCUAUAAAAAAGAUUACAACUGCUUUGCUGAGAAAGCUGGUAAAAUAGAAAAUGAAGUCAAGCGAUUACAGAACCUCAUCAUCGAGAUCAACAGCCAUAAACUUAAAGCACAGCAAGACAAACUCGACAAGAUCAACAAAGACAUAGAUGGAUGUAAUUCCAGCAUUACCAAAGCCCAGGUGGCGGUCAGGACUGCGGAGAGGAACCAGAAGAAAAUGGAAGAGGCUGUUCUUCGCACGGAGAAGGAAAUGAAAGACAACGAGAAACAAACGAAAGACCUAAUGAAAGAGAUGACGAGGCUCGAGGGCAAAGCCACCGCGAUUCUGAGUGAGUGCAAGCAAGCCGAAGUAAGUCUGCCGGCGGUUCGGGAGGAGCAUCGCAGUUUAGUCCAGGAGAUGAAAACUCUUCAGGAUGAGGAAUAUGCCCUUCGGAAGGAAGCUCUCGGCAUCAAGCUGAAUAUGGAACAAGUUGAGAGCCGUGUUGCUGCACACCAGUCAAAGGUCAAAUACUGGCAAAAAGAGAUCUCCAAGUUGUCACUGCACCCCAUUGACGAUAAACCACCCGAAGAGUUUCCGGUGCUGAGUCAGGAGGAGCUCGAGGCUAUUGAGGACCCAGACGUCAUCGUUAAUCAAAUAACUCUCCUGGAAGCCCAGCGCCACGAAAUGAAACCCAACCUCAGCGCCAUCGCGGAGUAUAAGAAGAAGGAAGAGGCGUACCUGAAACGGGUGGCGGAACUGGACGACAUUACCAGCGAGAGGAACAAGUUCCGACAGGCGCGUGAGGAUCUCAGGAGACAGAGGCUAAAUGAAUUUAUGGCCGGAUUUAACGUCAUCACGAAUAAACUGAAGGAGAACUACCAGAUGCUUACUUUGGGAGGGGACGCUGAACUGGAACUGGUGGAUAGUCUGGAUCCCUUCUCCGAGGGGAUCGUGUUCAGUGUUCGGCCUCCGAGGAAAAGCUGGAAGCAGAUAUUUAACCUGUCGGGAGGAGAGAAGACUCUCAGCUCCCUGGCUCUGGUUUUCGCUCUUCAUCACUACAAGCCAACGCCGCUUUAUUUUAUGGACGAGAUUGACGCCGCCCUUGACUUCAGAAACGUGUCCAUCGUGGCACAUUACAUUUAUGAGCAGGCAAAAACCGCGCAGUUUAUCGUCAUCUCCCUGCGAGAAAACAUGUUUGAGAUCGCAGACAGGUUGAUCGGAAUUUAUAAGACUGACAACGUCUCAAAAAGUGUGACAGUCAACCCCAAAGCUCUUGCGGCUAAAGCUGGACUUGGCGCUGCUGUGUGUGCAACAGCUGAGAAGUAG